CAUUCAGGGCCUUAGGCUACCAACUGAAUAUAUAAAUAUUGAUUCAUUCGUGAUGAACUAUUCUGAGAAAUCUAAUUAUUCAGAUUUUCCACCUCUAUUUCGUCACAAUCAAGUUGAGUUGACUACUGUCGGACAAAUGUUACAUCAAAUAAUCAUCGUGGAUUUACUGACACUGAGAAAAAUCCUCUGUAUGCAAUAAGUUAACCUUGAUGGUUUUCAGCUACAUGCGGUUUGAUACCACUUUGGAAAGUUCAGGGUGGAAGUUAAAAGGAACCAUUUAUUCCAUCACAAUAAUGUCCACUACAGCUGUAGCGGACACCUAAUUUUCAUAUUUUAUUUGGAGCUAUGGAUAACUCAGUAAUAAAUGAUUUCACUCCUGACACCACGGAUUAGGUUUGUUGAACCAAAGGUUACUAAACAACCGGUAUAUAAAGGCAUUUUUAAGGUUGUGGUCGGAUAGAUAGAUAGUGUAGGAUACUACUUAACACCAUUUAAUUGGUCUUUAUGUAAAGUCUGGAGAGUAAUAUAGUAUUCGGUCUCUGCUACGAAAAAUUUCGAAUUUCGCUUUCACAGUCUGACUUUUAAGAUCUUAUUGCCGUGCGCAAGACUCUUCUAAGGUUGAAUUACUUCAGUAUUUUUUUAUCUAACCGAUUUUUGUGGGAGAGUUUUCAUUCCAUCAGUUAUGGGGAAAUUUCUAACUUUUCAGAUGUUAUAUACUGUUCUUUUUGCCUUUUGGAGUUGGCAAUCUUAAGAAAACCCGAAACUACGUAGUUUAAAUGGUUCAAAAUUUGUCAAACUGCGACGCAAUUAGGCACUUCAUCAAGAGUUGUAAAGGCUAGAGCCAUGUAUUUAAUGAACAUUUUUAGAUUGUGACUGUAGUACUAGAGCCCUUCUCAAUUGAUAGUUAACCUUUAUUCAUGAUUUGUAAUCAACUUUAAAUACUGAUGGUUAGACAUAUAAGCAAAUAUAUAUUAGAAAACAGACUUAUGUAGUUUAGUUUUGUCUAAAGUACAACAGAGGUUUCAAAAUGCUUUUUUCGGAAUAUUAUACUGUAUCGCGUUAUGUACCUUCUAGAAGAGAUUAAAUGGGGAGCAAUACAGUGAUCGUCAAGUUGCCAGACAUCACAUGGAGUUUCUAUUGAACUUGAGAUUUGAUGAAUCGGUGUAUGACGAAAUAUUGCCAGUGUCGUUAAUAUCAUCACAGGAUAAAUUGUGGAACUUUUAUAAACCGUCAAAUAGAGUUCACUAUAUAAGGAAAACUGGACCCGGAAUAAAAUGUGGUUCUAGAAUUUUCUUUCCAAACAAGUCGGAUAAAGUGAACUCAAAACUCGCUGUGAAUUAUAAUCAGGUUGACGCCGGAUAUGGUUUUCAUCAAAAAAGAAACGUAACACGAAUGGCAUUGCCUGAGACAUCCAAUAAAAAGAAAAUUCACAGUAAAACAAAAUCAUGUAGCCAGGAAUUGGACAAAUUUGGCGUGAAAGCCACCAUGAAUUGCACAAAGGUAAUAUCAAAAAUAAAUUCACAAACAAAACUGUCAGAGUUUCAUUUUGAUUUCUUGAAUAUCCCCACACUGAUAAACUGUGAAAGUCAAUCUGAUAGCUAUUUCGCGGAUAAUUUUGAUAAAACAUCAAAAAACUAUAAAUCAGAGUGCUUGAACUUUGAAGAUUCAUUGAAGUUUAGGAAAGUUUUGAAGGAAGAGUUAUAUAGUAAUCUUUUUGAUCAAACAACUAUGAAAUCUGAAUUAAAGAACGCUUUGUUUCACUGGGCUACUGAAUGUGGAAUCGAAAUCAGAAAAUUUUCAUCAAAUGAAAUCGAUAAUGUUUUUAACCAGUUAAAUAUAAUAGAUGCAAAGAUUCAGUUGCAAACAAUUGUCUCUAUAGCAAUUUUUGAAGCAAAUCCAAACAGUGAACAGAUUGCUAUUCUCCGUGGUUUCCUUUUGCUCAAUAAUCACGAAAUUGUUUUAGCUACUUGCUUGUGUCUUAAUAUAAUAGGUUAUUCUAAUCAAACAUGUAUUGAAAAACUAAAUACUUUGAUCACAAUGGAUCAAAGCUUAUUAUGUAUGAAAUCAUCAAAUAACAAAAUAUCAUCUACAUCUUUGAAUCUAUUGAAAUGGGCAUCAUCAAUUUGUUUAUGUAAAUUAGAUCAAUGUAAUUUAAAAGCAUUGGAUAUUCUAACUAAUCUUCUAUUUGAUCAGUUAAUUCAAUUUAUUCCCGAACAAUAUCCAAACAAAGCUUACUAUACUCAAAUGAAAGAGUUCAAUGAUUCAUUGAAUAAAUCAUUAAAUUUAGAAGAUAAAUAUAUGAACUCAUUUGUUUCGAUUCUUUCAAAUCUCAUAAAAUUUGAUAUAAACAAAUCAAAUAUCUUUUUAAAUAGAAUAAUCUACUAUUCUGAAAUUAAGAUGAUUUUACGUCUUAGUAAGAAUCAUUCACAAAUUGAACAUUACUUGACUGAUUUUUUGAAUUCACCAAAUUGGAGAAUAAGAUUAUGUUCAUGUUGGCUUCUAUCCAUUUUAUUGUGUGAUUUAAGUAAAGAUACACUUACAAGAGUAAAUCGUCUUAUGCUAUUAGAUUGGAAUACUAUGUUACGGAUAGCUUCACUUCAUUGUCUGGAGAUAAAUUUAAAAGGGAUAGAUGUAUCUUUAUUAUGGUCAAAUCGUUUAUUCAAUGACCCAUUUUUGUCAAAUGAUAACAAUAGUACUAUAAUAAAUAAAAUAAUUCAUGACUUAUCUAUAACCCCUAAAUCAAUCCCUUAUCGUCGUGCUCAGAGAAUAUACCAAUUAGCUAUGAAUGGUCUUUCACACGAUGAUUUAAUCAAACAGCUUCAUUUGGCUUUAAUGGAUGAAUGUAGUUGUGUACGUAAAAUGGCAUGUGUUAUCAUUGAGCAACAGGACGUAGCUACAGAAACAGUCAUUUUUAAUGAAUUGCUUAACAUUUUAAAGAAUGAUAUGAAUGAUAACGUUAAAAUAAUGGCUAUAAGAGGUGGGCUAUAAUAGAUUAUUUACACUAUUUUCUCGAAGCUUCCGUAAUAGUAAUAGUAAAUUUUUGAAACAUGAAAAUCAUUUACAAAAUUCGCACUCACGUUGAUGUUUGAUCAAAAAAUAUAAUCCUUCGUAGAAUUCAAUACAGUUUGCAAAAGAAAUACGCUCAUACCACUAAGAAGCUUAGUUCAAACAUAAUUAGUUAAAUUUAGUUUGAUGGUAUUUAGAUGAAGGAUUUUGCCUGGAUAUACUAGCAAUCCUAUAUAUCAAGUUUUAAGAGGAGUUAUAUUGGUAGAGCAGACAAUAUAUAGUGCUUCUGAAAAAGCUUUUAUCAAUUUUCUUCUCUAGAAACGGAACGUCUUGUUUUCUUCUCCCGUUUGGCUACAACAUUUUUCCAACAGUUUUUUAGUUUAUCCUACUAUAUCAUUUUAAAUCACUACAUAUUUCAUUCUUAAGUGUCUUCGAUUUGUGUUCAUUCAGUUAAUGACUCAAAAGCUGAUUUCAAAUCCUUCCUUCCUUCAUUUCUAAUCAAGUCGAUGUCCCAAACCAUCCUUUGAGUUUGAUCUUUAGUUUUUACAUCUUAAUAUUAUGAACUUUAUUUUAAACUAACACUAUACAACAUUAGACUGAUAAGUGUACAAAUAACUUUUGAUCGAUUUCAUUUCUAUAAAGUAUGAUAAAUCUCAUUUGAAAUUUCGAGAUGAGAUUUUCUCAGCUUCUAACCGUUUGAUUAAAACUUGCUGAAAUGUCAUUUUGUUCAAAUUUAUGUUCUUGUUCUUUUCACCUAUGGCAUUUGUUCGGUCCUCUUUCGAGAAACUUUGAUUACUCCAGAUUAAGUAUUCUGUAUAAUUUGUUAUUUAUACAAUUCAAAAAGCUAAUUGCAUCGUUGAUAAUGAAUUAAUGACUAUUCGAUAAGGGAAAUUUCGUCUAUCAUCAAAAAAGCAUUUCUUCUUUAGGUUAUUAACUAUUGAAAGUUUUUCCAGGUUGGUGUCACUCCAUAAAAGGAUGUUUAAGGGGUUUAGAAAAUUUCAGAAUGAAUAAGAACCUGAGUAAGUGAAAAGGCUACCUAAUGUAUGGAGAGCAUGAAUACUCAGUUACAAUAUCUCGGUUUGCCAGUUUUAAGAAUAGUUUCUUUAUUUGUGGAGCCAACAAUGUUCUUUGUCAAAAUCUCUAGAAGACCACAAGGGAUCAAGAAAUAUUUGAUCUAAACAGCAUUGAAUAUCAGCUUUUCAGAGACGUCAAGAGAAUGAAGGAUGAUGUGUCGCGUUUUUGAUUAGAUAACUACCCAUACCGUUAUAAUAUUUAGAAUGCUUCUGGAAAGUUCUCGAGUUCAAAGUCAUACAGGAAUCUAUUAAUACGCUUGAUUUUCUGUAACUUUAAAAUAAACCUGUCACUCGUAUUUUGCGUCUUUUCUUUAUUGUUCAAAUUAAUAUGUAGGAG